UUUUCAAGGCUGGGCAAGUUAACUAUUUUUUUUAACUCGUUAAGUUAAGUUAAUUUGGAAAAAUGUAAGUUAAGUUUAAAGUUAAAAGUUACUUUCCUUUUUUAUUUAACUUGUUAAAGUUACAAGUUAGUUGGAAAAAAUAAGUAACUUAACUUAGUUAAAAAUAAUUUACUUUUUUUUUUUCAUAUAAAACUUAUAAUUACACCAUUUACACCUCAUGUUAAAGUUCUACAAAUAACAUAAUAUUAUAAUGUAGGUCUUUAUAUCUUAAAAAAAUGUAUUUUGUU